GGGCGCCGAGCAGUCCGGGGAAGGCGUGGACGCGUAUGCGCGGAGGCUGGCGCGUGAGGCUCUCGCCAGGCGGGGAGGCGCGGCGGAGGGCGGCGGAGGCGGCGGCGGCGGCGGCGGCGAGCCAUCCUGGCUCGAGAAGCCCCUGACGAUCGACAUCAUGCAGGGGCAAGGCGGGGAGGCGGUCGAGAUGAACGCCGAACGGAUGGGCGCGAUGAUCGAGCAGCUGCUCGGGGGGGCGGGCGGCGGCGAGGGGCAGGAGGUGGAGGUCCGCGUCCUGGUGGGGCAGGGGGGGGAUGUCACGGCGCGGCUGGCGGCGCAGCUCGAGGAUCUGCCCGCCCCCUUCCGCGAGAUGAUCGAGGCGCUCAACGGGCAGAGCAUCGGCGCUUCGGCGAGGAGGCCGGCGGGAGAGGGCGAGGAGGAGGAGGAGGUGGAGAGCGUGGACUAGCUCGACAGAGCGGCCCAAAACCUCAUGUUCGCUCUUUGCCGACGCAACUCUGCCUCAGCGCUGAGUCUGACCGGGGCCGCGCUGUCGACUUGUCAGUUGCAGGCGAGGGGGGCGGCGCGCCCAGAGAGACCGGGCCUCAUGGUCUCCUGGCUCCUCUGGCUUAAAACCGAGGAUCCCAGAAGGCAGAAGAGGGGCACUAGUCUCACAUAUAGUCAGGUGUGUGUGUUUGAAGAGAGAGAGAACGAAGCCAUUUUCCAGGUCCGUAAAAAGCGUCCG